UAUAACCGCCAUCGGGGGGCAGCGGUUGAUCAAGUCCGCCGCCCGUGUGGACGUCGACGACCGCCAUGGCUUCGACUCCCUCCGCCUCGGCCCUCACUUCCGUGCUUCGGUGUCGCGGGACUGUGUGGACCAGAAAUCCACCCAGCAAGCGAAGCGCCCCCUCGGCGUACAGUCCCGCGCUGGCCGGACCUCGGCGCGACUCGCCCGGCCGCGGAGAAAGAUUGUUGUCGGCAUUCGGACUGGCCGUGCGGUACGACUCGGCGCCCUGCGAGAACAGCGGGGUGCAGCGUUUGAGGGAUCCGCCGAAAGGCGUCCCGGAAUGGGACGCUCACCCAGCGGCGCCCCGUGGUCUGGAAGCGAGCACCGGGCGGCCUGGUCAUACCGCGGACGGUGUAGUCGUUACUCGGCUACUAAGACCGUGUCAAAUCAACGUGUUUAUCCGAGACGUGUGUGAGCACCCGGGUGGGGUUUCGGGAGUAUGUCGUGAGUGUGGGGAAGUUACGCCGUCUUUCGUGGAGGCCAGAUGGGCUACUUUGAGAAGCACCUGCCGCUCUCUCCAACUUCUGUUCACCCACAUUGUGCUGCGGAGGCUGGCCUUGCUCUGCGGUUGCGCCAGGGGGCGCCAUCGCAAGAUCAAGAGAGAAGAUUCCGGACACAAGCGCCGCCAAAACGGACCCGAUUGACGGUCCAAGGCCCUGACGUGGACCCACUGUGACUCUGUCUUAUUUAUUGACUUUUGCAUGUGUGUGUUGAAUUUGCCAGUAAACCAUGUCAACAUUUAGUCAUGCCAUUUUGCUUAUCUUGUGUUCACGGGUUUCAUGCGUGGUGCCGGUGCUGUUUCCUACACUUGCACCCCGUUCGUGUAUUUUGCAUAGUUUGGACUUCAACCUAUUGAGCCAAAAGCUUCGUGAACACUUUUUCGUCAGGGAAUGCGGAGAACUAAUACACUCAAAAACAGGUGAUGCGGGAUUUGUUCGAGAUCAGUUGAAAAUUGAAGCCUCCAUUUUUGUGUGCAUGUGUGUGGCUUGAUCAGUCAUCACCAUGCGUUGCACGCGAGGUUCUGUGAUGGUGUGCUGCGCCUUGCUGUUCAUCACCUGGAACGCCUUGCUGGUUCUGCUCCUGCGGGUCAAGAUUCCGGAGCAAGAUGUGAAUCAAGGGUCCCCCGAAGACGAGGACGCGUUGGGCCAUGUGAUGCGAGUGGCCGAGAUGCUGGAGGCGGAGCUGGAGUUGCAGAACAAAAUCCUGGCGCAGAUCCGAAGCAUGCGUCCUCGGGGAAAGAAAAAGGCGAGUCUGGCACCUUCAACGCCGCUGGACUUUGUCGUACCUGUCCUGGUGAUGGCCUGUAACCGUGUGACGGUGCGGCGUUGCCUGGACAAGUUGCUCCUCCACCGGCCCUCGGCCGAGAGGUUCCCCGUCAUUGUGAGCCAGGACUGUGGCCACGCCGAUACGGCCGAGGUCAUCCGCUCGUACGGGAGCGACGUGACUUACAUGGCGCAGCCCGACCUGGCCGACAUUAACGUGCCGCCAGCGCACAAGAAGUUUCAGGGCUACUACAAGAUCGCCAGACACUACCGCUGGGCUCUCAAGCAAGUCUUCAGCAAGUACUCGGCUGUCAUCGUCGUGGAAGAUGACCUUGAGGUGGCGCCGGACUUCUUCGAGUACUUCAGCGCGACUCUGCCACUGCUCCGCUCGGACCCCAGCCUGUGGUGUGUGUCGGCGUGGAAUGACAACGGGCGCGACGGCUCGGUGGACCCUGCGGGCUCAGCCCUCCUGUACCGCACUGACUUCUUUCCCGGUCUGGGCUGGAUGCUUUUGCGAGAGCUUUGGGAGGAACUGGAGCCCCGUUGGCCUGCCGCAUUCUGGGACGACUGGAUGCGUCAGCCCGAGCAACGCCGCGACCGCCAGUGCUUGCGGCCUGAGAUCUCCCGCACGCUGACGUUCGGCCGACAGGGCGUCAGCCUGGGCCAGUUCUUCGACAAGUACCUGCGCUACAUCAAGCUCAACUCUGACUUUGUGCCUUUCACCCGACUGGACCUGACGUACUUGAAGCGAGACGUGUACGAGAAGAGUUUCACGGAGCAGGUUUACGCCGCCCCCGUCGUCACCUUGGAGGAUGUCCAGCGGGGGUCGCUGCAGGGCGGUGGUCCCUUCCGCCUGCAGUACUCCAGUAUGGCGAGCUUCCAACUGUUGGCAAAAAACCUAGGUAUCAUGGACGACUUGAAGUCCGGCGUGCCAAGGACCGGCUACAAGGGGGUGGUGCCGCUCUUCUUCAGGGGACGCAGAAUCUACAUCGCGCCGCCCCCGGGGUGGACCCACUACGAUCCCACUUGGAAUUGAAUGCUGCCAAAAUAGAAAAUGUCAAAGGUUCAUAGUUGGAGGUGGCACAAAAUGGCGCCAAAGCAGUGCAUUGGUCCAAGUGAAGUGUCCCUACUCACUUCAACAUAGGGCGUCCUGACAUACUUACACAGCUUGACGAUAAUACGGUAUAUUUAAGGAAAAAAAUCCUACAAUGAGGAUUGCUUUGCUUUUCUAAAUGUAUCGUUUUUUUUACUCAUUGGAUGUCAUUGACGGCGAUGAUUGCAAUGCUACCAUCAUGGUACCAAGGAACUAUGUUGAAAUUUGUUAAGGAGCUUCCAUCUUCAUCUCUGCCAUUAAUAUGUAGCAACUAUGAGCAAUUUAAUUUUUUUUUAAUCGCCGUCAAUGGCACUGAAAUAUUUUUGGGACCAAUGAUGUUACAUACUUUGCCUCACUCCUAAUGAUCUUGAAUGAUACACUAGUUAGGAUUGGCUGCUCAAAUCACUUAAUGCAACUCAGGUCUUGGUCAUCUUUUCAUAAGAUGUUGUCUUUUCUCAACUUGACUGCUGUAAUUCAUGUAGAGAUCUAUUUUUGUAUGCAAUACCAAAGGGUACCACUUUAAAUUAUUUUCAAACUGCUGCUGGGCUUAUUCGUGUGUUUGGUACGAAUUUGAAACCUAAGCAUUAAUGGUGGGGGAUUGUGCUUUUGCUUGAAUGGUCUGUUUCAUAUUACAAUGUCAAAUAAUUUUGUUGUUCACAAUGCAAUGUGAUAGAAUGCCAACCAAAAGCAUGUGUUAAGUAUUUUGUGAUUGAAAAGUGCACUUAACAGCACUAUGGUGCUUUUCCUAGUUGGUAUUAAAUUUAUGAGAGUUGUAUAUGAGACCAAAACAAAAUGAACGGCAAAAAAAACAACUAAUGUCCUUAAAUUAGUAUUAAAAUGUUUGGAUAGAUUGAAUCUAUGAAUGAAUGAAGAAUGAAAUAAACUUUUUCCAGUUAACUUUCCUCCAA